AUGGAUCCGCAGCCGACGCAGCAUAGUGCUCUGAGUAAGGUCAACGCGGGAAACCCGUCUGUGCAGGGAAACGUUGCAGUACCUCAGGAUGCUGCAGCGGCGUCCCAACUUGAGCAGGAUUCAUGCUCAUGUUCCCCUAAGAUGAUGCCUACAGAUAUGACCAAUGUCCCACAACGUCUCUAUGGCUACGAAAUGCUCGAUCGCGAGGCUAGCAGGGAGAACGAGAAACAGGCGGAUGGCUCUUCCUCGACGGAUGUAGUACGGCUUCUCUCUCGCUCGGAGAACUUGUGCGUGCGCCACCAGCGGAUGGCAGAUGAGGGUGCUAACGCACGCCUCCAAAAGUCGAUUGAUGGACUUUCUUACGACGAAAAAAAGGCAGUCAACACAGUGUGGUCGCUUUUUUCAUCGUCACCGCAUUCCCGUCGCGCUUUGAUUCUGCGCGGUAUCCUGACAAUGUGCUGUUUUAGCCAGCUCUCUCUGCUAUCCUCAGAGCUUGCUAUGGCCAUUCGAAUCGAUCCAUUUACUUUAUUUCCGGCUGAUGUCUCGCUGCGUGUGCUGGGCUACCUCGAUGCUAUCAGUUUGGGGCGAGCAGCGCAGGUGAGUAAGCUGUGGCGCUCUCUGGCGGACAAUGAUUUACUUUGGCGUAAUAUGUGUGAACAGCACAUCGAGCGCAAAUGUGAAAAAUGUGGUUGGGGUUUGCCGCGCCUGAUCGACAGCCAUGGGCACGCCGAAAAUACCGAGUCUUCGCGCGAUGACGAGUUGCGUCAAGCAGCAAGCACUGUAUCGGAUGGAAGCCUGCGCCGCAGUAUCACUGCGGCAGCGAAUGCCGCUGCACUCGAACGCCGUAAAUCAUACAGCGAUGCAGCAGAACAUACCCAUGCCUCAUCAGCAGUCGAGGGGCCACGUCAAAAGCGGGCGCGUACAGAAACGAACCAGGCACAUUCACGGCGAUGGAAGGCCGUUUAUUGUGAGCGACUUGCGAUUGAGCGCAAUUGGCGGUAUGGUCGCUACUGUGUGCGUGUCUUGCGUGGGCAUACCGAGGGUAUCAUGUGCCUUGCAUUCCGGGAAAAAGUCAGUCAUCUACCAUACCCGGUGAUGGUGACGGGCAGCUACGACCGAACGAUUCGUGUGUGGAACUUGCAGACGGGCGAAACUUUGCGUGUACUCUCAGGUCAUGCACGAGGUGUGCGGUGCUUGCAGUUUGAUGACAGCAAAGUCAUUUCUGGUUCGAUGGAUCGUACACUCAAGAUCUGGAAUUGGCGCACCGGCGAGUUACUGCGCACGCUGGAAGGACACACGGAGGGUAUCGUGAGUUUGACGUACAACGAUCGUGUCUUGGCGAGUGGUAGUGCCGAUAGCAGUAUCCGUAUAUGGAACUGCCAAACGGGUGAAUGCUUCCCGCUGAAUGGACACCGCGAUUGGGUCAAUGCGCUCCAGUUGUGGACGGCGCCGAGCCAUGGAUCCUCGAAUCCUAGCAUGUUUUUGUACUCAGCGUCAGAUGACUUUACGAUCCGCCUUUGGGAUUUACAAACCCGUGAGUGUCUCAUGGUGUUCCAGGGCCAUGUGGGACAGGUGCAAUCACUCAAGCUGGUUAUGAUGAACCAGUCGACCGUUCAGAAACUGGCGCGCGGCUCUAUGCGAGUCUCGGGCGCCACAGAAGGCGGCGUUGUAGGCUCGUCGUAUCGUGAAGACGGGGAUGCGAGUACUAUGCCAACUUCGGCGCAGACCUCGCUCGGCGACUCGACAAGCCAAGCGUCAGAUCGCAUACCUAGCCGCUUGCUCAAGGCUCACGAGCGUCUGUGUGCUGCGAAUUUAGUGCCGCCCCUUCCACCGUAUGCUACGCUGCGGGACUUGGAAGAUGGUAUCUUUGACGAUGUGCUUGAUGAGACAGAAGCGGGCACCCAGAAGACGGGAUGCAAAUCUAAACGCCCUGUUCUGGUGUCCGGAUCGUUGGACAAUACCCUCAAGUUGUGGGAUGUGCGCACGGGCCGGUGCUUCCACACUCUCUUCGGGCACGUUGAAGGCGUAUGGUGCGUCGACUGUGACACACUGCGCAUUGUGUCGGCGAGUCAUGAUCGGACCAUCAAGGUUUGGGAUCGCGACACGGCGCAAUGCCAGAUCACGCUCGUGGGACACCGCCGAGCUGUAACGACCGUGGCCCUAGGUGAUGAUAAAAUCCUGAGUGGCAGUGAUGAUGGCGACGUCCGUGUUUGGAGUUUCUGUACGCCCGAGGAUGCCAAACCAAUGCCCACAUCGACGAGCACCCACAUCCAACCAUGCACGGUGGUAUCUCCCCCACCCCCCAUUCCGCCAACAAUGAACGCACAAAUGUGA